CGUCACCUAGGCCAACCCUUUGGCUCUGAGAAUUAGGUAAAAGGGUUGGCCUAGGACAACCCUUUUACAAGCCAGCUUUUACAUGGGAUCACGGAAUACAACCGUCUUUUGUUUUCUCGUAGAGACUUUUAAGGAAAAAAACGAUUGUGUGGAAGGAGGAGGAAUCGGCUCCCAAAAGAUCUAGGAAGAAAGCUCCGGAAAGUGUAAUGUCUGAGUCAACAAAAACUAGGAUGAUAAAGACAACUUAUAUUGAUGGAAUUAAGUCAAACCCUCCUCAAAAAGCAACAAGUCAGGUAACUUGGCUGAAGCUGUUGAAAACCUAAGCGACCAAAGCAUCUCAAAUUAUCUUGAGCCCGUUGCUGGACCUUCAUUGUCUGCUGAAGACAACAUGGUCGCGCACGACUAAACGAUGCGUAUUCAAUAGCUGCGGCGUCACUUUUUACCCUACGAAGAACGGUACUUAUCGUCUAUUCGAUAGUUUGCUGUCAAAAUGGAAAAGUUGCAUGGUGGAAAAGUGAGUGAAAAAGCAACGACGAAAAUAGUGGAAAGAAAGUCGCAAAGUGCCAGUUCACUUCUAAAGUCUAGAGCCCGUCGAGAUAGAGGAAACGAGUUUAAAAAAUUUAAAAGGUUGAAGCAACCUUUUGCUGGGACAGGGAUGGUUAAACUGGGCCAUUAAAAAUCUCAGACCAACCCAAAAGGUGUUAAGGCCCAGACAAAAACCAAAGCAUUGAGCACUGCUCUUCAAGAAGAUUGCAAUUUUGGGAAUGUAAGCAACAGUGAAAUAGUUGAAGAACUCUGUGCUAGCACCUUAGUUGAAGAAACAAACGUUGAAGUCUUGACUGGUUCAAGAGACAUUCACCAGGAAAGAAGAAAUGUCCUAGAGAAUGAGGUGCUGACAAUGGAAUUCUUAAGCAAAGCAGCUGAAACAUCCUGCCUGUCUAGUUCACAACAUAGAAGAGCACGAAGAAGCUGGAAGCUCAGAAUAUUGGAACGAGCUGAGGAUUGGGAAAAUUCAAGGCAAAUUUUUUUUAAGCUUUUGUUGCAUCUAAAGCAUGUCACCAAUAUUUGCUCUAAAUGCUUCAUGAAGUUGACAUUCUACACCAAAUGCAAAAGUUGUUACAACAUAUAUUGCAAUGUCUGUGAUCAAGAAGAACAUUUUGACUCUCCGUUCCAUCAACGUUCCCUCUUCUCUGAAAACACUUCACAAAUCCUGCUGCCUACUCAGUUUGUUAACUCUGAUGGAAGAGUUAUAAGUCAAGAUGUAUCUGUGCCUUGUGUGGCACCAACUACGUGCCCUUCAUGUUUAAAAACUGGGACUUGUCAUGUUCAGCCUGGCUUGAAAAAGAUAGCCGUAAUUACUACAGAAGGGCGUUUCGAUUUAAAUUGGGCUGAAUUUAAAUGUUCCGUCUGUAAGGAGAUCAGAACAGUAACGAAUGCAGAUUUUGUUGCUUCCGGUUUGUGGCCUGGUUCCCCCAAGAUUGGCGGUGAAAUAGGACCGAAACGGAAUAGGACUGGAAAAAUAGGACUGGAAAUUUUCAGUCCUAUUUCUCCUGUAGAAAUAGGACUGGGAGAAAUAGGACAACUUUUUAAACACAAUUUAAACAAUCCUAUUUAUCCUUUGACCAGUCCUAUUUCUCCUUGGAUAUAAGGUUAUUUCUUUUGCCUUUAUCUUACAUAUUUAAGGACAAUGAGCCUCCAAACCGGUAGGCGAAAUUGAA